ACCUCCGGGGCAAGGAUGUCGGGGGCCGAGGAAGGGGGUUUGACGGUGCGCCCCUUCAAGCUGAUCGCGCUGCUCUGCGCUUUCCUGGCGCUGGCGCUGGAUGUGGCUGCGCUACUGAGCCCAGCCUGGGUCACGUCGGAACGCUACUCACUCUCUCUUUGGAAGGAGUGUCGGCAACUCCUGGGCGGCUGGCAGUGCUUCUCCACUUUCGGAAGCGACUGGCAAAUCACUACCCUGGUGUUAAUCCUGACAGCUGGCACCAUCACUCUGCUGUCGUUCCUCAUGUCUCUGAUAGCCUUCUGCCUGGGGAACUAUAAAUACUAUUAUCGGAUAGUGUCGAUUCUUCUCUUUGCGGCAGUGGUUCUCCAGGUCUGCGCCUUGAUUCUCUACCCCAUCAAGUUCAUUGACAGUAGCCCGCUGAGAAGCUACCAUGAGUUCAACUGGGGAUAUGGGUUGGGUUGGGGUUCGGCCAUCUUUAUGUUGGGAGCAGCCAUCCUUUACUGCCUACGAACUGAUGCAUACGAAGAUGCUUACUACUAGGACAACUUCUGAGAAGGUCCCUGGAUUAUCAGAGCUGGAGGGCCUCUUCAGUAAACAGAGAGCAACAGAACAGGAAGGAAGGAUGAUGGGAUUUAUGGGAAUUCUGGGCACAUUCAAGCACAUCAUGGAUGGACAUUUUGACCAGCCCUCUCGCCAAGAGGUGAAGACGUUGAAGGCCUUCAGUUGGACACUCUUCCACCAUCACCGGGACUCAUCACUGCCAGCCAACCGCAAUUCUCUCUGGCAUAACCUGCUUAAGAUUUCUUGUGUAUUUUUUUCUUUUAAAAAAAAUAUUAUUUUUCUUUACUUUGAUCUUCUAUGUAUGAAAUUUUGUCUUUAUUUUAUUUAUGAGAGGGUAGUAGCUCCUACGGUGAAGAGCAGCUUGGUUUAGCUUUUAUGGAGUGGCGUCCUGCGCAGAUCUUGAACACCAAGAAGGGAAGUUGUGUGAAUGGAAGGGGUUCUGUAAAUGCAUUGAUACUAAAUCCACUUGAUACUGAGAAACCCGAAAAAAACACAGAAAAUAUAUAUAAGUUUAUGAGCCGCUAAUGAAUAAAACCAUGGAAGAAA